GGCUGGUCCCGCCUCGGUGCCUUGCAUCCCGUCCCGCUUCAGCUCCGCUCCAGCGGAGGCAGCCCCAGAGAACAAGGAACAAAAAUACCUUCCUGUGCCUUCUGGCUUGCCCUCUGAGUCUGGGCAGAGCUACACUUUCAGACUCUGUUGUGACAAGCUAGGUAAGAAUGGAUGCGACAUAAAGUGGAAUUCCUGAAGCCUUAGUCACCAAUCUGAUGGAUUUACUGUUUGUGCUUUACUUCCAAACACUUGAACUGUUUCUGUACUGCUGACAAAGAUGACCUCUACUGUAAAUCCACCGCCAUACUAUGAAAAUCAUGGCUUUCAGCCAGAGCAUGUCUUCUCUGCCAGGCAGCCAGUUGGUGCUAACCAAUAUCCACAGUACUUUUUAACAAAUGUGCCGUCAGUGCCAACCUAUGUCCCAACCGUUGUUACCAACCAGUCAACUCAGCCAGUAGCAUCUUCAUCUGGGAGAACGUGUGCAUCAAGCAUAAAGAAAAUCAUAAUCAUUAUAAUAUUGAUUUUAAUAGUAAUUUGUUGUGCAAUUGCUGCUUUCUUCAUUUGGUAUCUUGUGGACAAUCGUUGUCUCAUGUCCUUAAUAGAGUGUGGAUCUUCAGGAGUAUGCAUUCCACCCUCACAGUGGUGCGAUGGAGUGAAUGACUGCCCCAGUGGGGAGGAUGAAACCCGGUGUGUUAGACUUUUUGGACCAAACUUUAUCCUGCAAGUCUAUUCACCUGUCACAAAAUCAUGGUAUCCUGUUUGCCAAGAUGGCUGGAAUGAUGAUUAUGGGAAGACUGCAUGUAAAGACAUGGGCUACAGUGUCGAUACAUAUUACUAUAGUCGAGGAGUAGCAGCUGAAAUCAGCUUUAAAACUUACAUGAAGGUGAACACAAGUGCUGGGAAUAUAGACUUGUACAAAAAGCUGUAUAGCAGUGAUUCCUGUGCAUCAGGAAGUGUGGUUUCUCUGCGCUGCAUCGAGUGCGGCCUGCCCACUAGAAGUGCGAACACUAUGAACAGAAUCGUGGGUGGCAGUGGGGCAGUACUGGGGCAGUGGCCAUGGCAGGUCAGCCUCCAUGUGAAGAACAUCCAUGUCUGUGGGGGCUCCAUCAUCACCCGCCAGUGGAUAGUGACAGCAGCACACUGCGUUGAAGGACGAUUUUCUGACCCAUACGGCUGGAGGGUUUAUGCUGGGAUUCUGAACCAGGAUGAGAUGCAUUUCGGAGGUGGAUAUGGAGUGCAACUGAUAAUUUCCCAUCCAGAUUAUGAUACAGACUCUAAAGACAAUGAUGUUGCUCUUAUGAAGUUAGAUACACCACUGAGUUUUACUGAUAAUGUACGGCCAGUUUGUCUCCCUAAUCCAGGAAUGAUGUUUGAGCCUAAUCAGCAGUGCUGGAUAUCUGGGUGGGGAGCAGAGUACCAAGGAGGUAAAACAUCAAAUAACUUGAAUUAUGUUAUGGUGCCCUUAAUAGAACAUACCAGGUGUAAUUCUGUCUAUAUCUACAAUGGCAUGAUUUUGCCUACAAUGAUCUGUGCUGGAUUUCUAGCAGGAGGAUUUGAUUCCUGUCAGGGUGACAGUGGAGGCCCGCUAGUAACUAACAAAAGCUCUGUGUGGUGGCUGGUAGGAGAUACCAGCUGGGGAACUGGCUGUGCUAGUCCCAAUAGACCUGGAGUGUAUGGAAAUAUGACUGUGUUUACGGAUUGGAUUUAUAAAAAUAUGCAGGCAAACAGAUGACAACGUUUUUCAGUCCCACUUGCUGAUUGAUGUUUCUGAGAACAAGAGUAAAUGAAGCCACGGGUGCCUGGGAUAUUUAUUCACUUUGCAGAUGAUUGUUGUUUGGUUUUUUU